AUGGCUGAAUCUUUCUCUUCAAGAUUAUCAAAAGAAUUCACUCUUAAACGUCUUACAUUUUGGAUUUUUUGGUUCGGAUCUCACAUAGGUUUAUUCAUUCUCGGUUUCUAUAAGCAAAAGGAUGACAGAUCUUUAGACAACCUUAAUGUUCUCGGUCUCUCCGUAUGGACCUCUCGUGGUGCUGGUUUAUGUCUUGCCUAUGAUGGCGCUCUCAUCCUCUUACCAGUCUGCAGAAAUAUUAUAAAAAAUUUACGUGCUUUAAGUUUUUUAAAUAAAUUUAUUCCAUUUGAUGAAAAUCUUUGGUUCCAUCGUCAAACCGCUUAUUCUUUGCUCCUUUGGACUUUAGUACAUACUUUUGCUCAUUAUGUUAACUUUUGGACUUUGGAACAGCUUGGCAAAUUCCAAGCUUGGCAACUUCACUAUACUACUUGGGCUGGUCUUACUGGUCAUUUUAUGUUACUCAUGAUGGUCCUAAUGUAUACCUCUGCUCACCAUAAGAUGCGUCACCAAUCUUUCGAAACCUUUUGGUACACUCAUCAUCUCGCCUUCUUUUUCAUGCUUUGUUUAUAUUUCCAUGGUCAUGGUUGUUUUGUAAAAACUGCUCAAGGUGAAUGUAAAGGUUACCUUUCUUGGCGAUUUACCAUCGUUGGUGGUAUUUUAUACUUUUUUGAGCGUGUCCUACGUGAAAUCCGUGCUCGUCAACCAACUCAAAUUAUAAAAGUUAUUGCCCAUCCAUCAAAAGCCUUUGAAAUUCAAUUUGAUAAACCUUCUUUCCGUUAUAAGGCCGGUCAAUACUUGUUCUUAAACGUACCUGCUAUUUCAACUUGGCAAUGGCAUCCAUUCACAAUCACUUCUGCUCCUGAUGAUCCUUAUGUUUCUGUUCAUGUUCGUCAAGUUGGUGAUUUCACUAAUAAAUUUGGUGAAUUACUUGGUUGUGAUCCUGAUUCUAAACAAUUUGCUCCCGCUGUUCUGCCUACUCUUCGUAUUGAUGGCCCUUAUGGUACUCCUGCUGAGGAU